AUGGACAAACUUGAGAACCAAGAAGAAUGGUCGAAACUGACAAUGAUUGACUAUCCAAAAGCUAAGAGCCAAAUAGCAGCAAUAAUGCUGGAAAAGAUAGAUGAGAUGGAGGAAAAGUUACUCCUAGCUAACUGGUAUCUGCAAAGAGAGAGAACUGUACCUGGUGAUCUUUGGCCAACAGUAAAGAAUAUUCGAGACCUAAAUUAUCUCAGGCUAGACAUGAAGUCACUCGACCUUUACUUCACGUGGCAUGAGAUUAAUUCAGUCUAG